GCCUCGUUACGGGUUUUUGUUGCCCUCACAUUUUUAAUUUCCAGAUUAGGUUGUUAAAAUAUAGAUCAAUAUGGGUCAUCUCGAACAAUGGCGCUCUCGCCAGAAGAUUGGCAUGGGCAAAGGCUCCCGGCACUGCGUUAUCUGCUCCAAUCAGAAGGCCAUCAUUCGCAAGUAUGAGCUGAACAUCUGCCGUCAGUGCUUCCGUGAGAAUGCCAACCACAUUGGCUUCACCAAGCUUCGCUAAAGUGUUGAUGCGAUGAAAAGAGAGAAAAGCAUAACUUUACGUACUCUCUUUUUUCCCUUAAGGCUUCCCAUGUCCGGUCUGUUUAAUAGCUUUAAUUUCACGGGCUAUUAGAAAAUAUUGUGCGUGUGGUGACUCCAAUGCAGUAUCCCUACCGAGGUCAUUAGUGUUGUUUGUCUUUAUUUU